CUGGUGAAAGCUGCUGUGAAGUCCACAGGACCUAAGAAGACUGCAAGUCUAAGUCAAAAGGUUGUCGUCACGAAGAGGAACGAAUGAGAAGGACGGUGCUUCAUCUACUGGUGUGACUUGAAAAUGGUGCGGCAAAAAGUACGAACGACAUAGACAAGUGCUAAAUGCAAAAAAUAAAUUUUAUUUUUUUAGCUAGGAGGAGACUACCCUGACCGAGACCUGCGUUUACAUUUCGAAAUUCACAUUCGACUCGAGUCACACGACGAUACACUUGUUGGUAUAGAAGUCAGCGUCCACCGAGGAGCAUAGAUUAUGCCAUCAAAAAAAUGAAGUGAGAUACAUCAACCUACGAGUGCUGCACAAAAGCGAGCGGAAACCAGUUUUUCGUUUUCGUGUGCAGCCUGCACAGCAGUAGCUACGAAAAGCCCUCCUGCUGGGAACGCCGAGAGCGUCCGGAACAAAAUGGUGACAGUUGAAGCCCAACUGAUCAAGGACCGGGCUGAGCUUUUCGAAAAGUUUCUCGAGGAGGACUCCAAGUAUCAGGAGAGGUUGGAGGAGGAGUUUUCAACGGAGAAGCAAUGCUACAGGCUGGAAGUAAAUUUGCUCGACCUGGAAAACAAGGUGAAGGGCACCUACAAGGAUAUGAUGAAUAAACCCGCCCACUUUCUUCCCUGCUUCGAACUUGGUCUUCAAAAUUUCUGCCAGACCAGCAACCGAUUUGAGAAAUUUCAAAAGGACCCGCGGCCCGUGCGAAUCGCGGUGAACGCGCAGUUUGGUCGCCAUUACGUCACUCCACGCGGCCUCGAUCAGUCCUUGGUCACGAAACUAGUCUGCGUCGAGGGUACUCAUUUGUGAAGAGGAGGAAAAAAUUAAAAAUUUGUUUUUUCAUUGCAUGAGAUAGAUUGCAUGUAAUGGUGCCAAAGUGACAAUGAGGAUUAGGUAGAUCUUUGUUGAUGUUUCUGUGAUAUGAGUAGAGAAACACGACGGCAAUGACUAAUACAUGGCGCGGUGCAACGGCUACUUCGAACUAGCUGCAGUUCUACCUUCCAUGAGACCUACCUCUAUACAUAGGAUGCGAUGCAAAUUGACAGGUGUGGUAACGUCCGUAUCCUCUAUCCAGUCCCGUCUGACCCAGUCCAUCUAUUAUUGCGAUAACCCGGGAUCUGACGGCCCAUACGGACCGGUAUUGAUGAAUAAAUGUAAAUCAGAAUGCUACUUGUUUUUUUUUCCAUUACCCGGAGCACAACUGCGUCUCCUUCUUGAUUUGACUUUUUGCCAUGACCUAACGUGGAAAUCGUCCAAGCCACCCUGCAGAGCAGCAUUUGUACUCACGCGGAAAAUAUCAAAUAGGCAUAGGGCAAAAGAUAACGUGACUUCUGCAAUCAUGGAUACGUGUCUCUGACUCUGAGUCUCUGUGCUGGAUGAAUGAAUAUGAAUGUCCACCAAAAAUGUACUUGAUUUUAAUCGCCUCUCCGAACAACUACGCGCAACACAGAUAAAGACUAAGGCGCGGGAGCAUCGGGAUAACGGGUCUCUUCUGUGGCAGGACAUCCAAUACAACGGGAUUUUAAAGGAAGAUCAAAAUGGCGAUCUCUGGGAUGAAGAAUUCGGACUCUGCCAGUACACAUUCAGUUUUUCCUCUUCGUGUUUCGUUUGAUGAUGAGUCGAGUCACGGUUGUAUCGCUUGUCCUUGUUCCGACGUCAGUGAUACUGUGUUGACGCUUUUCCCUGUGAAGAAACCCCGGUGGUCCGCCAUCAGCAAAGAGCACAUUUAGAAGUAGAGCAGCACUCAAUCAAGCAGCGCAUGGUCUGCUACUGCUGCACGAGGACCAAUCCCAAUGUCAGAACAAUAUAGAGAAAGUAGUCAACAACAACACUCGCUAUAAAAGGUACAAAGACCAGCAGCGAAUCGUGAUUCAGGAGGCUCCGGAAAAUGCACCCACGGGUCAGAUUCCCGUUUCCGUCGCCGCUAUGCUAGAGCAGGACCUUGUCGACAAGGUGAAGCCGGGCGACCGGGUGCGUGUGAUCGGUGUCUACAAAGCCUUCCCGAAGGUUUCCAACGGCAUCACCAGUGGCAUGUUUCCGACCCGGAUCGUCGCAAACUCGCUGAAGAAGCUGAAGGAGCACGUCCUCGAUUUGGACAUCAAGAUUUCGGAAGUUCGGAUGAUCAAGCAGAUCUCGCAGCGCCCCGACUUCUUCAACCUGCUCGCCCGUUCCUUUGCGCCAAGUAUCAGUGGCAACGAGGACGUGAAGAAGGGCUUGCUCCUGCUCUCCGUGGGCGGCGCAGAAAAAAACUUUGAAAACGGAACGCACUUGCGCGGCGACAUCAACGUUCUGCUCGUCGGGGACCCAAGUUGCGGUACUUAGUUCGUAUUAAUGCCUUAUUUCUAUAGUCGGACCUUCUAGUUGUAGUUGGCUCGUUUGAUGUUCACAAAUCUACUUGACUGUGUCCUUACGCGGUGGAGCUGGAACCGCUACAGCGGGAUCAACGUCGCUACUGCCGCCUUGUGUGGUUUCCCUGUCUAUGAAACGCGAACAUCUUUUUCAGGUAAGUCCCAGAUGCUGCGUUUUGUGAUGAACAUUUCCCCGCUCGCGAUUUCCACCACGGGGCGCGGUUCAUCCGGCGUCGGUCUGACAGCGGCGGUCAAGGUAAAUCAGCAAACGGGAGAGCGAUCGCUGGAGGCGGGUGCGAUGGUGCUGGGAGACCGGGGCAUCGUGUGCAUCGACGAGUUCGACAAGAUAUGGAUUGUAAAAAUGUCUGGGUCUGGAAACUUGUGAUGCUGGGUGGCGUAUCAUGAAGAGGCCACAAGUGCUGGCUCAGCAUGACAAGCCUUUGAGCUUCUAGGUGUUGCCUAUUCUGCAUGACAAACUCCGUUUCUGCAUGACAGCAAAGUGGGGCUCUUGGGUAACGUGCAUGACAGGUUUAAGAGUCAUGCCAGACAAGCACGACAAACUUGCAUUCUUCCAGACCCAGACAUUUUUGCAUUUGAUAUAAGAUGGGAGUCAACGAUCGCGUCGCCAUCCACGAAGUCAUGGAACAGUAUCAAAUGCAAAAAUGUCUGGGUCCGGAAGAAUGCGCGACUUGUCAUGCUACUUCUGGAUAGUGCAAAAAUCUGUGUUGCAUGAUUACCACAAGCUGUCCACUUUUGACCAAGUUGAGAGGCAGUUUCUCAUGCAGGUGAGGCAUGAUAGAGGUCCUUCAGAAUCUGUCAUGCUAGGCCAUGCAUGACAGACCUCAUACGUCAUGGAAAACCUGCAUUACAAGUCUCGCAACCUUCCAGACCCAGACAUUUUUACAUUUGAUAAACAGCAGACGGUAACCAUCGCGAAGGCCGGUAUUCAGUCGACCCUGAACGCCCGCUGCUCGGUCCUGGCCGCGGCAAACCCGAUCUACAGUACCUGGGACGAUUCGCUGUCGCUCCACCAAAAUAUUGCGCUGCCCGAUUCCCUGCUGUCCCGAUUCGAUUUGAUCUACGUCAUGAAAGACGAAAUCACGCAAACCAAGGACCGGAAAAUUUCGGAGCAGGUGUGGACGAAGCAUGAUAAUGAUUUUCAAAAACACUAACACGGCUUCUCUGGGUGUGGUUGAAUCGACGUGAUAGCUUCAGUUUGAUGUUGGUUAGGGGAGGUGGUGCUGCGGAAAUAUUUUAUUCUCUGACACUACUACUCUGAUUAUUCUGUCAAAACAAGUGACUUCGCUUCAUCAUGGCGAUCAUCGGGCUCUCGUAGUUCUCCUACAGCACUUGUCGAAUUCCACUAUGACCAGGUGUUGCGGCAGCUCCGAUACCGGGAGGAGCGAAAGAUGGCCCAGCGCGACGUCGAGGACAAGCACGAUGCGAUGCUCCAGACAAACAUCGCUGAGGACGCAGGCGAAAAGAACAAGAAAGUGGACACCUUUCAGAAAAAUCAUCCCAGCAUGUCCGAUGGUCAGACCGAGGAAAUUCUAUCACUUGACUUCCUCAAGCGAUAUCUCAAGUAAAAAACGUCUUUAUUUCCUCAUGCCGCCUCCUGAAAAUGAAAAUUACUUUGUUGUGAAGUACUGCUUAGGAGUGUUUCUCAUUUUCAUCGUGACCACGCUGCAAUGCAGAUAGUGUUCGUGGUAACGUGCGCUCGAAGAUAUUCAGCCUGCUGUCCAAACAACAGGUUUGCGAAGGAGAAGGAACAGCAGCCGCAACUCACAAAGGCGGCGUGUGAGAAAAUCGGGGUCUACUAUGCGGAACUCAGGCAGCUUAUGAAACAUGACAACACGUCCCAGGGGAAUUUAGCGGUUACGACAAGUAAGUCUUUCGAAGCUUUGCUGCAUGCCCAUGUGCGUGCUGUUUUCAUUAUUUUUCCGGCGAGAGAGAAAAAUAGAUGCACGAAGACGAACCUCUUCGACGGGAGCAGGUUAGCCGGAUGUCAAGUCCUUUAGAUGGCAACUUGAACCAAAACAGGAACGCUGGAGGCGAUGAUCCGUUUAGCUACUGGCCACGCGAAACUGCGGCUGGCAAAUGAAGUAACCGUGGAUGAUGUCGAGGUUACCAGGAAGCUCUUGCUGGAAUCGCGGAGCAUGGAAGCGAAGCAGAAUCUCAUGCAGGAAGGCAAGGACGACGACGAUCUCGAUCUCGCAGAUGACGACUUGAUGGAUGUCGACGAAGAAGGCAGUGCCGCGCCCAAGCCAAAGAGACAAAAGAAAACUGCGGACGAAGAAAUCGACCAAGCAGUUAUGGGUACAAUUCAGUCACAUUUUUACGAGUGUGUAGUCUUUGCAUCUAGGAACCCACUAGCUGACUCUAGUACUGAAGAUGAAGAACUUCUAAACAAACUAUUUUCGAAAAUCUUCACCCUACCACAGGCACCUUCAAGCAGACGAUCUUCACACUGUUUACGGAAUUGAAGAGAUACGACGCACCAGUGGACCAGUUGAAGCAGAGAAUCGAGGAGAAAAUGGAUAUUGACCCGCUGAUGUUUCAGGCGUGUUUGGCCAAGAUGGUGCAGCAGAAAAAGAUCAUGGUGGAAGCGGAGACUGUCUAUCUUACCGCCUAA